CCCCCUGUUUUGAGAAGCGAAGAAACUUUGUUCAAUUGAGUCGCGUGAUAUUUUCGAGAAAAUUUACGUUGCAGAAAACAGUGGAUUCAAAUGAAAACCUUUGAUGGUUUAGGAGUAAAAGUGUUGGCAGGCGUAUCUUAACUAAGUCUCAGGCCGAUUUAGAAACAUUUCUUUCGGAAGCAUGGCCAACGGGAACCAGACCGAAGUGUUUGUUUACGAGCAGGUUGUGAUUCUGAUGUCGUGUGCGGUCUCGUUUCUGGGCUCUCUUCUGAUCAUAUGCACUUAUGCAACAUGGAAGGAUCUCAGGACCACGCCGAGAAAGCUUUUGGUGUUCUUGUCUGUCACAGAUUUGCUGUCUGCGGCUUCAUACUUGUAUGGUGUUUGGAGGAUGUUUGACUCAAAUACGUGGGAUUGCGUCGUGCAAGGAGCAAUAUCCACUUUUGCUAAUACAAGUUCCUUCUUUUGGACUGUGGCCAUUGCUAUUUAUUUAUAUAUAUUCAUCGUGAAGUCAAGCCAGAGACUAGCUGACAGCUUGGUGUUGUAUUUUCAUCUUAUCAGCUGGGGUGUUCCCCUGGCUAUCACGGUAGCAGCCCUGUCUCUGCAGAAGAUUGGCUACGACGCCUCCGAGGUGUCUGUGGGCUGGUGCUGGGUGAGCAUUCAGGAAAAGGAUCACGUGUUGUGGAUGCUGCUCACAGGCAAGAUAUGGGAGUUCCUCGCCUACGUCACACUGCCUGUGCUUUACGCCCUUAUCAAGGUGCACAUCCAUAAAGCGCAUGCGGCCCUCUCGGAGUACCGUCCCAUCCUGGCUAGCCGGGUAGCAUCCAGCUCACCCUCUGCUAUGGCGGACUGGAAGCUAACCCUCAUCCCCAUUAUCUUCAUCGUCCUGCGUGUGUGGAGCACUGUACGCUUCCUGCUCCUGCUGUUCGACUCACCUGCCAGGCAAAACCCAGUGCUGGUCACCUUGCACGGAGUCGGGAACACCUUCCAGGGAGCUGCGAACUGCAUCAUGUUCACACUGUGCACGCGGGCGGUGCGUGUCAGGUUGGCCACGUUGCUCGGCUGCCACCGGCACGCCGCCCCAGGUGGCUCGGACCCGCCGUCCCGGCCCACGAGCGGCACAUGUACACGUUCGGAUGUAGACCAGCCUGCUGAAGUUCAUACCUGGGAGGACGAAGAGGAGUAAAUACUGAAGCCUGUCGGACCUUCAGCACCUCAGGCCAGGAUGCUGUGCAUAAGUGAGCUGUGUGGUGCAGCUGGUCUGCAGAGUGGGAAGUGGAAGAGGGGUUCUGCAUAGAGCAUGGGAAAUCAAAGAGAACAUACAAGAGAGUUUGCAAUUAGUGUAUGGGUGAGAAUGUGUGUUUGUGGGUGGGUGUGUGCCUGCGCGCGUAUGUGUGUGUGCCUGUGUGUGCAUGCGUGUAAGGAGUGUUAGUAUCUCAGACUCCACCUUCUGGUUCACAAAUGCCUUUGAGGAUUACAGAACACUGCAGUCACAUGCGCAGGUGCACUUUAAAUUAGCGGUGUAGUGCGACACCGCAGGAACCACUGCCUUUCCCAGUGCCGCUAUACAGAGCCACUCCAAUGGCUUUUAUAUGCUGCUUCAUUUUCUGUGCAAAUGAAAUGUCUGGCUCAGGGAUGGAGUGUUGAUUUAGUGACCAAAGAACCAAAUGUACUGUAAACACUAUUCAACAAAGCUCAGUCAUUUUCCCUGACUAAGCAUAUUUUACCAUAUGCAAAGGCUGUAAAGGAACUGCAUUGUUUUUGAAAUGGCAAUAUUUUUUUUGAUUUAUUUAUUUUUAUUUUUUUUUAUUUUUUUGUUGAAAUUCUCUGUGCAGUAUGUAUUUAACUGUAAGAAAUAUGAUUUUCCCAUGUUUUAUACUGUUCUCUUAUAUGCAAAAUGUAUUGUACCUUACAAAUGUACUGUACCUUAUGUGGGCCUGGUAAAGUGCUGCACCAUGGCAUUGACCCAGUUAGCUUUAGUUUCCAAAUGCAAUUCUGUUUCAAGUUAUAACUUUUACACUACAGAGUCAAGAAUGUGGGAAUUUUUAUAUUUAUGCAGUUGUUUAUUCAGUUAUGUAUUUGUAACAAAUAUGCUUUUAUGAAUGUCACGGUUUUGUUAAAGUAAAGUUACACUGACCAAAAGGGA